AAAAUUACGUGACGUGUACUCCGCACCCUCCUCCUCCCACGUUUGCGGCAAAUUCCGACCGCGUGUUUUUAGCAUACACGCACGCAAGAGAUAUAUUACUUAUCUUUGAAUUUUCGCACAUUCUACCUUUUUUGUCAUUUUUACGUUUUUCGUUGCUCUAAAUUAAAACGUGAAAAUGUCGGGUGGACUUGAAAUUUUGAAUUUGACGGAAGCGGACAUCACCAAAAUGUUGAGUGCUGGUACUCAUUUGGGCGCUGAGAAUACCAAUUUCCAAAUGGAGCAGUAUAUUUAUAAACGUCGUCAAGAUGGUAUCAAUAUAUUCAAUCUCCGAAAAACCUGGGAAAAGUUAUUGUUAGCUGCUCGAGCGAUUGCUGCUGUUGAACACGCUCCGGAAAUUUUCGUCAUCUCUUCCAGACCUUUCGGUCAAAGAGCCGUAUUGAAAUUCGCAGCUCAUACCGGAGCUACUCCCAUUGCCGGUCGUUUCACUCCUGGUGCUUUCACGAAUCAGAUCCAGGCUGCUUUUCGCGAACCAAGACUACUGGUUGUUACGGAUCCUACUGAAGAUAAGCAACCAAUAACCGAAGCUUCGUACGUGAACAUACCUGUUAUUGCUUUCUGCAAUACGGAUUCUCCAUUGCGAUAUGUUGAUAUCGCUAUUCCCUGUAAUACGAAGAGUGCCCAUUCCAUCGGGUUAAUGUGGUGGUUGUUGGCUCGUGAAGUUCUACGCUUACGCGGUUCUAUUUCGAGAGAAGGUAAAUGGGACGUUGUCGUCGAUCUGUUCUUUUACAGAGAUCCUGAAGAAGCUGAAAAGGAUGAACAAGCUGCUAAAGAAGCUGCCGCUGCAGUUCAGACACCGAAACAAGAACCUCUCGAAUAUGGCGUUGCGGCCAACAGCGACUGGAACGACGAAAUUCCUAAUCAACCAGGUGUCCAAUCUUCAUGGGCUGAAGAAUCGGUGCAAGCACAAGGCGUACCGCCUCAAGCUGUAUUUGUACCUGCUGCAGCAGCUCCUAUGGACGAUUGGAGCGCCCCUGCUAAAAAGGAUGACUGGAAUGCUGGCACCGGGGGAAAUUGGGGUACCAGCGCUACUGGAAAUUGGUCUUAAUGUUAUGUCCGUGCGAACGUUUUAUAAAUAAAAGGAUUUUAAACUGUU